AUGCAAAAGAGCAAGCAUGACUUAAAAACUCUUAAAAUAGAAACUAACAAAACAAAAAAGAAAAAUAAAGACCUGACACAAAUCGGGGAUACCGCUAAAAAAAAAGAAAAUAUCCAGCCUUCCGGCACAUCUAGCUUGGAAUUGAUUGUUUCUGAGAUGCAUCUGCUACGGCAAGACUUUGCGAAUUUGCAAACGGAAUUCGGAAAACGCUUUGAUCAAUUAUUACUGAGAUUUAGUGACUACGACGCUCGCUUAAAAUCUUUAGAGGUAAAAGAAAAGGAAAACGAGCUCCUCAAGGCACAAAUAGCGAAACUGGAAGAUCAACUACAUAGACAGACUCUUAGUUCAUUGCAGUCGCAAAUUGAAAUUAUUGGUAUAUCCGAAACACCCGGAGAAACAACACCAAAUAAAAUUGGCAUACAGCUUAAUGAAUCCGAUCUUAAUCAUGUGUAUAGGGGUGGACCACGAAUUACAGAAGAUCAAAAGGAAAAGGACUCGGUACGCCUGCCGCGCCCUCUUGUAGUUACAUUUACUAGAAGGUUAAAGCGGGAUGAGUUCUUGAAAGCAGGGAAAACCAGACGCACGCUAGAGAGCUGCGACAUUGUUGGUGCGGGACCACAAAGAAAAGUCUACAUUAAUGAACGACUUACAUAUGAGGCCCGUCAACUUUUUCGCACCGCCCGAAACGGGACUAGAGAAAACAAAUACAAGUUUUGUUGGGUACAAAACGGCACCGUUUUCAUCAGGAAACGCGAGGGACGCGAGGGUAGCCCGCCUAUCCAGGUUCGCUCGUCUAAAGAUCUACACAAGCUGUCUGCGAGACGUGAUCAAGAGCAGAUUCGCUCGUCUGAAGAUCUACAAAAUCUGUCUGCGAGACGUGACCAAGAGCAGGCGCAGGUGGACAAGUCUUCAGCAUCUGUUGCAUGUGUUUAA